CUCUUGGGUCACCUGUUGUGCCGGAGUGAGACAAGGCAGCCCCUGGGACACUGCAGGCUUCGCUUCUCCUGGUCAGGACUCACCGUCAACCGCCACCAUGCCUUUCGGAAACACCCACAACAAGUGCAAGUUGAACUACCCUUCGGAGGAAGAGUUCCNGGGGGGCGCAUGGAGCAAGAGCUGGGCUGCCGGCCAGGGCUCAGCCAAUGGGGACGAGGGCCAGGAUUUAUAUGCCGAAGCCCCCAGCCCAGACUCUUGGGUCACCUGUUGUGCCGGAGUGAGACAAGGCAGCCCCUGGGACACUGCAGGCUUCGCUUCUCCUGGUCAGGACUCACCGUCAACCGCCACCAUGCCUUUCGGAAACACCCACAACAAGUGCAAGUUGAACUACCCUUCGGAGGAAGAGUUCCGGCGGUGAUGAUCUGGACCCCAACUACGUGCUCAGCAGCCGCGUGCGGACCGGCCGUAGCAUCAAGGGCUACACCCUGCCUCCCCACUGCAGCCGGGCUGAGCGCCGGGCCGUGGAGAAUCUGUCCAUCAAAGCCCUGAACAGCUUGAGCGGAGAGUUCAAGGGCAAGUACUACCCCCUCAAGAACAUGACCGACGCAGAACAGCAGCAGCUGAUUGAUGACCACUUCCUCUUCGACAAGCCCAUCUCCCCCCUGCUGCUGGCUUCCGGCAUGGCCCGCGACUGGCCCGACGCCCGAGGCAUCUGGCACAAUGACAACAAGACCUUCCUGGUGUGGGUGAACGAGGAGGACCACCUCCGAGUCAUCUCCAUGCAGAAGGGGGGCAACAUGAAGGAAGUCUUCCGUCGCUUCUGCGUGGGGCUGCAGAAGAUUGAGGAGAUCUUCAAGCAGGCCGGCCACCCCUUCAGCUGGAACGAGCACCUGGGCUACAUCCUGACCUGCCCCUCCAACCUGGGCACCGGCCUGCGUGGCGGUGUCCACGUCAAGCUGGCCCAUCUCAGCAAGCACCCCAAGUUUGAGGAGAUCCUGAAGCGCCUCCGUCUGCAGAAACGUGGCACAGGUGGCGUGGACACGGAGGCCGUGGGCGCCGUGUUUGACAUCUCCAACGCGGACCGGCUGGGCUCCUCCGAGGUGGAGCAGGUGCAACUGGUGGUGGAUGGCGUGAAGCUCAUGGUGGAGAUGGAGAAGAAGCUGGAGAAAGGCCAGGCCAUCGACGACAUGAUCCCUGCCCAGAAGUGAGGGGCCUCCUGCUGACCCCGGGCGGCCUGGGGCCUGGACUCCGUGGUGACCCCAACCCUGCCACUCGUGGCGGCAGCUCCUGGCGCUCUGUUCUCCCUUGCGAGGGGGGGCCGGGGGGCCGCUGCCCUUUGCCAGCUGGGAAGCUCUCAUCAGAGCCAUGGCGGAUGGAGUUAAUAAAGAUCGGCCCCAGAGCCUUGUCUCCCCCCCAA